AUGACUAUAAGGAACCAACGAUUAUCUCUUCUAAAACAACCUAUAUCAUCCACGCUUAAUCAACAUUUGAUAGAUUAUCCAACCCCGAGCAAUCUUAGUUAUUGGUGGGGCUUCGGUUCGUUAGCUGGUAUUUGUUUAGUAAUUCAGAUAGUGACUGACGUUUUUUUAGCUAUGCAUUACACACCUCAUGUGGAUCUAGCUUUCAAUAGCGUAGAACACGUUAUGAGAGAUGUUGAAAGGGGCUGGUUGCUCCGUUAUAUGCAUGCUAAUGGGGCAGGUAUGUUUCUCAUUGUGGUUCACCUUCAUAUUUUUCGUGGUCUAUAUCAUGCGAGUUAUAGCAGUUCUAGGGAAUUUGUUCGGUGUCUCGGAGUUGUAAUCUUCCUAUUAAUGAUUGUGAUAGCUUUUACAGGAUACGUACCACCUUGGGGUCAGAUGAGCUUUUGGGGAGCUACAGUAAUUACAAGCUUAGCUAGCGCCAUACCUGUAGUAGGAGAUACCAUAGUUACUUGGCUUUGGGGUGGUUUCUCCGUGGACAAUGCCACCUUAAAUCAUUUUUUUAGUCUUCAUCAUUUACUCCCCUUUAUUUUAGUAGGCGCCAGUCUUCUUCAUCUGGCCGCAUUGCAUCAAUAUGGAUCAAAUAAUCCAUUGGGUGUACAUUCAGAGAUGGAUCAAAUUUCUUUUUACCCUUAUUUUUAUGUAAAGGAUCUAGUAGGUUGGGUAGCUUUUGCUGUCUUUUUUUCCAUUUGGAUUUUUUAUGCUCCUAAUGUUUUAGGGCAUCCCGACAAUUAUAUACCUGCUAAUCUGAUGCCCAUCCCGCCUCAUAUUAUGCCAGAAUGGUAUUUCCUACCGAUCCAUGCCAUUCUUCGUAGUAUACCUGACAAAUUGUGAGGUGUAGCCGCAAUAGCACCUGUUUUUAUAUGUCUGUUGGAUUUACCUUUUUUUAAAAGUAUGUACGUGCGUAGUUCAAGUUUUCGCCCUAUUCACCAAGGAAUAUUUUGGUUGCUUUUGGCGGAUCGCUUACUACUAGGUUGGAUCGGAUGUCAACCUGUGGAGGCACCAUUUGUUACUAUUGGACAAAUUCCUCCUUUUGUGUUCUUCUUGUUCUUUGUCAUAACGCCAAUUCCGGGACGAGUUGGAAGAGGAAUUCCUAAUUCUUACACGGAUGAGACUGAUCAGUGAAAAAUUAUGACACCAAUCAUUUACGUAUUACACCAAGAAUUCAUUGACAAGCGCAUUAGUUUUAUAGUUGGCUAUGUUGAUAUAGCUUAGAUAGGGAAAAGAUAUUACUAGGGUAGGGCUUCACUUUUAAAUCCGGGGGCUUUGUUCCCGAAACUCCCUUCCUCCUCCCCGUCCUUUGAAAGCUAGAACAUUCGCA